GUUUCCUCUUUGCCACAAAGUGACAUGUGCUCAGUUUGUUCAUCUGACACUUUAACAAGAGCAGACAUGCUGCAGCCCUCAGAGCCAAGAUGAUGAUGCUGAUGUGGAUAACCGUGAUGCUCUUUGCAGAUUCCAUUCAGACAGACAGCAACGAUACGCCGAAUACAGUGAUCACUGCUGAUGUUGGAGAUAACGUGACUCUGUACUGCCUUCAACUGCAAGACAUCACUAAUCCCAUCCUUUGGUACAAACAAAAAGUAGGACACAAGCCUCGUGUGAUGGUCACAGUUCAAGAUAAACCCAGUUACGAAGAUGGGUUCGAGCCACAAAAAUUCAUCAUUGAGAAAGAACAAACGGGGAUCAGUUUAAAAAUUGUUUACGUGGAACCAUCAGAUGAAGCCAUUUAUUACUGUGGAUUUAUAAAAUUUGUUACGAGCUUUGUGAGUGGAACGUUUUUAUCCGUUAAAGGUACUGAAGAUGCGAGUGUCUCUGUGUGGCAGCGCGGCGUGUCGGACUCGGUUCCUGCAGGAGCCUCAGUGACUCUGCAGUGCUCGGUUCUCUCUGAGAGCAGAGCAGCAGAACUCCAAGUGCUCUGGUUCAGAGCUGCUCCACCACAAUCCCAUCCUCAAAUCAUUUACACUCAUCACAACAGCAGCCGUCAGUGUGAGAGCGACUCUUCUACACACACCUGUGUGUACAACUUCUCCAAGAACAUCCUCAGCCUCAAUGAUACUGGAACUUACUACUGCGCUGUGCUCCUGUGUGGGAAGAUCAUCUUCGGGGAUGGGACACAAAUACAGAUGGAGAGAUCUGUGGAUCCUGUCGUGAUCUUUCUGGGUGUAGCUUUGGGAGUGUGUGUGGUUGUGAUCUUAGCAUUGAUCUUUCUCAUAACAUGUAAAGGAAGAAACAAAGCGAGACUAAAUCACGGCUCUGUGACAGACAAGACGCUCAAUCAGGACUGUGACACCGUGGAGGUGAAUUACAGCGUUUUACAUUUCAGCGAGAGGAGAGUCAAAAGAGGAAGAGUCAAGAAACAACAACCGAGAGAUAUUAUCUAUUCUGACGCUCAGUGUGUUGAAAGGACAUGCUCAUGCACAAGCCUGGGGUUGAAGAUGAUGAUGCUGAUGUGGAUUACAGUGGUGCUUUUUAGACAGACUGGUUCUGCACAAAAGAACGUCCUCCAUCAGCCAGACUCUGUGAUCACUGCUGUUUCUGGGGAAAACGUGACUCUACAGUGCAUUCGAAUGGACAACAAAAGCACCGAUCCUAUUAUGUGGUACAAACAAGCAGCUGGACACGAGCCUUGUGUAAUGGUCACAGUUCAAAAACUCUCAUCAAAUCCUAUUUUUGAAGAUGAGUUCAAAUCCCUGAGGUUUACUGUUGAGAAUAUAAAAGAAAGCUGCAAUUUGAAAAUUAAUAACGUGGAACCGUCAGAUGAAGCCGUGUAUUACUGCGGAAUAAAGAUAUUUACAAUACAGUUUGGGAAAGGAACAUUUUUAUCAGUGAAAGAUGACAGAGAUGUAAAAGUGAGUGUGUGGCAGCGCGGCGUGUCGGACUCGGUUCCUGCAGGAGCCUCAGUGACUCUGCAGUGCUCGGUUCUCUCUGAGAGCAAAGCAGCAGAACUCCAAGUGCUCUGGUUCAGAGCUGCUCCACCACAAUCCCAUCCUCAAAUCAUUUACACUCAUCACAACAGCAGCCAUCAGUGUGAGAUCGACUCUUCUACACACACCUGUGUGUACAACUUCUCCAAGAACAUCCUCAGCCUCAAUGAUACUGGAACUUACUACUGCGCUGUGCUCCUGUGUGGGAAGAUCAUCUUCGGGAACGGGACACGAAUACAAUUGAAAGAAUCAGUGGAUGCUGUAGUGAUCUUCCUCACUGUAGCUAUAGGAGUGUGUGCGCUUGUGAUCUCUGUACAAGCUCUUUUAAUCUGUAACCAGAAAAACCACAAACAGCACACAAGAGAAACCACUGUGAAAAGAUCAAAUCAAACAAACUCUCAGGACCAUGAAUUUGAGCUGAAUUAUGCUGCCUUACAUUUUAAUAAAAUUAAAACCAAAGGAGGAACAAGAACGAGAAAACACACUCAAGAACCUUUGUACUCUGAUGUCAGGUCUCUCAGCGAUACGUAGAAUAUUCUUCGUCAAUCAUUUAUUUUGUUUAUUAAGUGUAUGUUGAUUUUUUUAAAGUUUGAUCAGAAAUAAAGUGCAAUAAAUUAAAA